CCUUAGUACAUAUGUUUUAUGCCAAACACCUAAACAUUCAUGAUAAGCCAUUUUAGGCAACUCAACACUCAAAGUGCUAUGAACAUCAUAAAAUACAUCCAUAAACAAAGUAUCCGAGGGGCAAUUUUGGUAAUCCAACAAUCUAAAUGCCACAUAAGCAAAAAGUGCAAAAUAUCUAAAUGCCACGUCACACCUUCACCUUCAUAUUAAAAAGCCGGUGAAACUAAAACCAAUCGGAAGCUUCUCAACCACCACUAACCGCCCAUGGCUGACGUCAAUUACGACGACGUUUUGGAAACUCCGGUGGUAGAUUCGGAGGCACACAACCUCCUGAGAAGGAUAUUGAAAGAAGGCGGUUACGCGUACGUGAGUAUGUCCACACGCGCCGCGAGUGGAGACGUACGAGCGGCAGAGGCGGCGCGUGAGAUGGCGUGGGAGCAGCUUCACUCCGGUCCGGUUCACUCGGUGGUUCCUGUGUGGAGAGACGCGUACGCGAUGGCGUGUUUGUACGUCGCGAAGUGUCAUUAUGUUCGUGGUGAGUUUAAAGAGGCGGUUAGGGUUUUGGAUAUGGCAUUGAUAAUGGGAGCGACGGUGUUAAGAACGGAUUUGGUUGCGGCGGUUGGAAAAGCUAUGGAGAGAGUGAAUGCAGUUGAAGAAUCUGUUAACGGUUCUGUUAAUAAUGUUAAAUUGUUAAUGGAUCAAACGGCAAUUAACUUGACGGAGGUUCUUAAAAUCUUACCCAAAAAGUCCUUAUCUUGUAAACUUGUUCACAAGAGAUCUGCACUUUCAUUGGAGGAAUUUACGCGUGACCAUUUCCUCUGUGGUUCUCCAGUUAUAUUAACCGAUAAUAUGACUCAUUGGCCAGCUACGACCAAGUGGAACGACUUGAAUUACCUUCAAAAGGUUGCUGGAUACCGCACAGUUCCCGUGGAGAACUUCUUGCAGGUUGGGAAAAACUAUUUAUGCAACAAUUGGAAGCAAGAGAUGUUAACAUUCUGUGAGUUUCUUCAGAGAAUUCAGUCCAAUAGUCCUCGUGUUCCUACUUAUUUAGCCCAGCAUCCUUUGUUUGAUCAGAUACAAGAGCUAAGGAACGAUAUUGUUAUCCCUGACUACUGUUUUGUUGGUGGAACCGAAAUGAAGUCAGUCAAUGCUUGGUUCGGUCCAGCUGGCACAGUGACACCGUUACACCAUGACCCGCACCAUAACAUUCUUGCUCAGGUUGUUGGAAAGAAAUACGUGAGGCUUUAUCCAGCUUCAUUGUCAGAAGAACUUUACCCGCACACUGAAUCAAGGCUUAACAAUACCAGCCAGGUGGAUUUGGACAACAUCGACCCGAAUGAGUUCCCGAGAAUUCAAGACAUCGAAUUUAUGGACUGCGUUUUAGAGGAAGGUGAGAUGCUAUACAUCCCUCCCAAAUGGUGGCACUAUGUUAGAUCACUCACUACAAGUCUUUCGGUUAGCUUUUGUUGGACCGCUUCGCCAAGCUCACCAACGUCUUGAUCCGUUAAUUACAUUGUAUUAUUAUUUUAAAAUAAUAAUAAUAAUUAUAAUUUUAUUAA